CAAAACCAGUUACCAACUCAAAAGCCAAAAUCUAGUCAAAAACCUACACUUCCUGUCCAGAAAUCUACUGGUUCUGACAAAGAUUCACUAACUGACAGUGACCCUGAAAUCACAAUUAUUAAUCAGGAGUUGAAACCUGAGGAAAAGCCGGUUAAUCCUCUCAAAACCAACAACCAUGACCAAAAUCAAAAACCUACCAAAAAGCCGGAAAGUGAAGAAAAAUCAAAACCUGAUCAAAGGUCUUCAUCAAGCACACCAGUUCAAGAGCUUGAACCUCAAACAUCGAGCCUCACACCAAAACCCAACUACAAGCCUGGACCAGAAUUAUUGGAAGAUUCUGAUCUAAAUCUUUCGCCCAAACCGAAACCUGUCCAAGAACCACCUGGACAAAAGCUUACAACUGAUCGAGUCCUGAUCAAACCCCCUAAUCAAAAGCCUAAACCCAGCCAGAAAAUCCCAAGAAUAAACCAAACACCUAAGCUUAACCAAAAACCACCAACAGGCCAAAAGACUAAACCAAAUGUGAAGCCGAAACCUGAACAAACACCACAAACCAAUGGAGGGUUUAAAACACCUCGACCCGACCCAAUGCCUAAUCUCGAUCGCAAACCUGUGCCUGAAUCCGAAUCAAGUAAAACAUUCAAACCAAGGGUUCCCCCCAAACUCAGGCCACCAACCAGACCUACCAUUAAGUCGGGAGCAACUCCUGCUCAAAGGCCAAAACCAGCAAAGCCAAGUCCAAAGACCAAAACAGAGUUAGAUCCUCUUCAAAUCGGCAGCACUACUUCAGAUGGCAUACAAAACUCUCAAACCGACAUGCCGCCUGCAUCGGGCCCUGUAAGACAGAUUGCUGAAGUGACUCAUUCCCCAGGGGACACAGAGUUGAAAACUAUCACUCUGGGUCCAAAGACUGCACCCUUCCCUCACCUUACAAUGAGCCCAAACAGCAGGAUUACGUCUGAUCUGAGACCACAAACAGCUGGUCAAGUACCAUCCAUCCCAAUGACAACAAGACCAAACAAAAUUAUGCAUGAGAUCUUUCCAGGUGUUAUCCCUAGUGCCAGUCCAGGAUCCACAAAGCCAAAACAAGCCUCUAAAACAGACUCCAGGUUACAAGCUCACAAUGUGGAGGAAACAGCACCCAGUCAAACUCCAGAACCAGACAUAAUGGUGAUUCCAGUCCCUUCCCCCAGAACCCAAACUACCUCCACAACCAGCCCUGACCUCAGGUCAACAACCCCUGCCACCUCUGGCCCCGAGCCCUUGGCUGCUGAAGCUUCCACUCCCAGUGCACGUGAGCUGCGAGUGAAAAUCAACCAGGUGGCUGCUUUCUUCAAUAACAGCCUGAGUCCAAAUGAAAGACCGCUUGACAGGCGUCCAAAAGAGCACCCAGAGGACAACCAGGGAGGCAGCAGGCCUGACCGGACAGACAGCAAACUACCAUCCAAAGUCACCUUGUUGAGGAGAGACUGCUCCGAGUACCGGCUCAGAAAGGAGACAAAAAGCGGAGUGUACCUGGUGACCCCUGACCUCCGCGGCAGGAGCUUCCGAGUCUUCUGUGACAUGGAGCUGGAUGGAGGAGGAUGGACGGUGCUGCAGCGGAGACAGGAUGGCAGCGUCAGCUUCAACCGCACCUGGGCUGAGUACCGAUCAGGCUUUGGGGAGCUGGACGGAGGGGAGUUUUGGCUGGGCAAUAAUUUGAUCCACCUGUUGACCCGGGACGGGGACAUGGUGCUGCGGGUGGAGCUGGAGGACUUUGAUGGAGUGAUGGAGCAUGCAGAGUACGAGCAGUUCAGGGUGGCGAAUGAACGGCUGCGCUACAGGCUGACAGUCGGCAGGUACUCGGGUACCGCAGGUGAUGCUCUGCGCUUCAGCAAAAGUUAUGAUCACAACAACAGGGCGUUCACCACCCCGGACAGGGACCACGACCGAUAUCCAUCCGGCAACUGCGGCGCCUACUACAGCUCCGGCUGGUGGUUUGAUGCCUGCAUGGCUGCAAACCUCAAUGGGAGAUACUAUGUGGGGAAGUACAAAGGAGUCCGGGAUGGGAUUUUCUGGGGGACGUGGCAUAACAUAUCUACAGAGUAUUACCUUACAAAUUACAGACAGUCUUUUAAAACUGUCAGGAUGAUGAUCAGACCGAAAGGCUUCACACCAUGAGACGUGACUCUCUGCUACAGCAUGAUGGGAAAUAGACAUUAAAGGGUCUAAUUACUAACUACUAACAACCAUAAGAUGCUCUUUACAGUUCAAUAAAACCUAAUAUACUAUCCACACAGUUAUUGUACGCUAUAACCACAAUGCUGCCACCUUGUGGUGUUUGAUUCUGCAACAUUUGUUUACAGGAAGAACUGAGGAUGUACAUAGUCACAGAGGUUAUCGUCCUUAUUAUAUAGUGUCUUCUUUUAUAACCUUAACUUGUCAUUGAGAGUGUAAUGUGUUUAAUGACGAUGGAGGAUAAUCCUCUUGUAAAGACAGUCUGAAUUUUGACGGGUAUGUAGCAACAGAGACGGAUAUUUUUUUAUUAAAGUACUGGAAGGCCAGUUGAUGGUUGAUUGAAGCUGUUUUUUUUUUGUUAAGAUAAAUAAAAGUUAUAAAUAGAAGGCGUUUGUAUUUGUUUCUGCUUCUUUUUUUGUUUAUAUAUUUUCUUUAAACUCAAAUACAAAAUAAUCAAUAAAACCAACACACAUUCCUAUAAUGAAGUAGAUGUGAGCAAACUGUUCAAGACUCAGUUUCCCUACAGGCUUUGCGGCAUAGACGACGAUG